AUGAAUAAGUUCAUAAUAUCUGCACCAGGCAGAUUAUGCUUAUUAGAUAAAGAUGUCGGCACCGACUUACGUACCACACUGACGUUCAUCCAAACACCGAGUUUAUCUUUAAACAACAAUAUUGAACUAGACUUCCCUCAAAUCAAUUUGUUUCUUAAAAUUCCAUUUGAUACUUUUGUAAUGUUCUUCAAUGAUUACGAGAAAAUGUGUCAAUUGCUUAAAAAUGUGUUAAUAUUUACCGAUAUUUAUCAUAAAUCAGCCGAGCCAAUAGUAUUUAUACAAGCUUUCUAUUAUUUGCUGCUUUAUGUCAUCUAUAAAGAGAAGAUUUACAUUACACCUUUUAAUAUGCAUUUUUUCACGAAAUUAAUGCUGAAUAAUGAUUUCGUCUGUCCGGAAUCAUUUACAGUAUGUCUUGCGGCAUGCUUGUUCCAUUGGUCACGUCUGCAAAAAGAUGAUAAUCGCACUAUCAAUAACACAGAUCGCCACAAAAUUUACUCAUAUGCAGCAGAAUGCGACAAAAUAUUUUUCAAAUCUGGGAUAACGGCUAUGUGCGUCUGCACAUAUAGUUCUUUCGUGACAUAUCGCAUAGACGAUAAUAAGCGUUUGGUUUUAAUGAUUGAUUUGCCAACCAUGACGAUACUGCUAGUUGAUUCAAUACAAAAUGUUAAUAUUCUGAUGCCAAACCUGGAAGAUUUAAAGAAGUUUUAUGAUAUUGUCAAUUCUGUUGUCGACCACGUCAAGCCUAUAUUAAUGGAUUGUUAUACUUUACGAGAAUAUGAUAUCUACAAAGAUAGAGAAUUCGUUAAUGAAAUAGAAGUUAAUACGCAUGACGUAACAUUAGAAACUUCCAUUCCAACUGAUAGAACAGGUAAAUUGUAUAACCGUUUGCAGAAAAUGAACGUAUUCGUGGAAAGAGCGCUCGGAAAACGUACAGAUAUUGGCAAACUAUGCUUAUUAGAUGAAGAUGCUGGUACCGAUUUACGUACCACGCUGACGUUCAUCGAAACACCGAUUGCAUCUUUAAACAACAAUAUUGAAAUAGAUUUUUCUCAAAUCAGUUUCUCUCUUAAAAUGCCAUUAGAAACUUUUACAACGUUCUUCAAUAAUUACGAGGAGAAAAUACGUCAAUUGUAUGAAAAUGUGAAAAUAUUUACCCACAUUCAUCAUAAAUCAGCCGCACCAAUAGCUAUAAACUAUAGCACAUUUGGAAUUUCCCUGGCAUAUCACAUUGACAAAAAUAAGCGUUUGACUUUGAUGUUUGAUUUUCCAAGCAUGACGAUAUUGCUAGUUGAUUCAAUACAAAUGCAAAAUGUAGAUAUUCAGAUGCCAAACCUAGAAUGUUUAGGAAAGAAAUUUUAUGAUAUUAUAAAUUCCGUCGUGGACCACGUUAAGCCUAUAUUGAUGGAUUGUUAUAAUUUACGAGAAUAUGAUGUCUACGAAGAUGAAGAUGAAGAUGAAGAUUUUCUUAAUGGAAUAAAAGUUAAUCCUUUGACGCAUGACAAAACAUUAGAAACUUCCAUUCCAACCCAAAGUUCAGGUAAAUUGUAUAAUCAUCUGCAGAAAAUGUACGCAUUGGUAAAAGCAAAUUUCGGGAAAUGUGCAGAUGAUACCUAUUUAUACAUUUGGAGCCCAUUAUUUAUGUAA